GAUCCCAAACGAAGCCGUCAAGCCGGCUCCCCUUAUUACAACCCUAAACUGUUGAAAGCUACCAUUGACGACACACACCGGAGACAGAGGCCAUAAGGAAGCUGCAUAACGAGAAGAUAGAAGUGAAAUGGCGGUGAUGGAGAAACUCAAGAUGUUCAUCGUCCAAGAGCCUAUUGUUGCUGCUUCUUGCCUCAUCGGUGGUUUUGGUCUGUUCCUUCCUGCUUUUGUGAGGCCCAUGUUGGAUUCCUUCGAAUCAUCCAAGCAAGUUCCUCAACCUGCUUUAAGCGAUGUGGUUGCGGGUAUGACAGGUAAAAAGCAAGAAUGAUACCGACGGUAGAGCUCCUCUCUUCGGUCCCCAUGAAACAAAGAAAUUGAGGUAGAUGUUAAUUUGAUAAGAUUGUUUCUAUUAUUUGCACCUUUUUUGCCCGUUUUCAGCCCACUUUGAUAGACCUGCUGGGUUAAUAAGAUCUGAUCGAUGUAAAACUAUUAAACUUUUGUGCACACUUGAAAGGUUUUUCCAGUCAAGUGUUUCGUUUCUUCUUUAAGAAGCAUAUACUUCUUCGUCCAUGACGGAAAAGGCGUACUGUUUAAAAAAUGUGUAAUUAUUACAGUUUUUAAUUGAUUAAAUGACAAUCUUACCCUUGGUGAU